UUCACGCUGCCACCUGGAUCUGCCCUUCUGCAGUACAUUGAUGACCUCCUGGUGGCCUCUCCUUCUAAGGUCCAGUGUGAGAGGGACACUGUGGCAUUGUUAUGUUAUCUGGCGGAGCAGGGUCACAAGGUCAGCCUCUCUAAGCUGCAGUUUGCAAAAUCGCAGGUGUCAUUCCUAGGGCAUGUCUUAUCUGCUGCAGGUAGGAGGCUGUCUCUGCAGCGGGUCUCAGCCAUCACUUCUAUGCCCCGUCCUGUCACAAAGAAGCAGCUGAUGUCUUUCCUAGGGUUGGUUGGCUACUGUAGGCAUUUCAUCAACUACUCACAGUUAGAACAGCCACUUAGAGAAAUCUGUCACGCCCCCGGCUUGGUGCCAUCUGGAAGAGUUUUGUGGUAUCCUGAAGGGGAGGAUGCUUUUGUGGUUUUGAAAAAGGCUCUGCAGAGUGCUCCGUGUCUGGGAAUUGCAGACAUGACACAGCCACUUUAUCAGCAUGUUGUCGAAAGAUCUGGCUGCAUGACCUCGGUGCUAAGCCAGAUGCAUGGUGAUAAGAUGAGACCUGUUGGUUUUUUUAGCGCUAAGCUAGACACAGUAGCGGCCGGGCUGCCUAAAUGUUUGCGCGCUGUAGCAGCAGCUGAAAAGGCUAUCUUAGCGUCACGCGACAUCGUGGGGUAUUCAAAUCUGACCUUGUUCGUCCCCCACGCUGUAGAACAAAUCCUAAAUGAACAAAAAACAUCACAUCUCAGCGCGGCCCGUUAUACGCGUUAUUUUGCGUGUGUCCUCGAAAGCCCCAAUGUCACAGUGCGUCGCUGCUCAGCUCUAAAUCCAGCCACGCUAGUUCCUCUGUCUGACGAAGGACAGCCACAUGACUGCGUCGCAGAGUUAGAGCUGAGUUGCAACCCUCGUCCGGACCUGUCUGAUAUACCUCUGAGUCUACCUGAGGCUCACCUGUUUGUAGACGGUUCAGCACGACGGGACAUGGGAACAGGUAAAAGCUGCUCUCCCGACUCCAGCGGACCACCCCCUCCACGACCUGAGGCCCGGUGAUCACAUCCUGGUGAGGAACCUCAGACGGGCGACCUGGAAGUCUGAGCAUUGGAUUGGUCCAUUCCAGGUUCUACUGGUUACCCGGACGGCCGUAAAGAUCGCAGAGCGUGCGACUUGGAUCCACAUCUCCCAUUGCAGGAAGGUCCUGCAUCCCCCCAGGGUAGCACCGGACGGUACUACUCUUACAUCUGAGCACGAGGCCACUGCUACGACCUCGGCUCCUGUUUUGUGAUCGGCUGAUCACAUAUCCUUUGAAGUGAAAAACUGCACCUGAGCCUAGAAAAAUGGCUGGGUGCAUUGUUGCUAGACUAUUUCUUAUGCUCUUUUUCACCCCAUUCARCUGUGGGCGUG